GCUCCAUCUACCGACCAUUUCAAAAUAACAAUUGAGGGACCAUCAUUGCCAGAACUAACACAAACCAAUAAGCCUGCUGUCCUUGCCGAGCCGAAACUGAAACUGUUUGAGCGCUACAUUCUUAAAUUUAAUGACCCUCAAAGUUACCCGCUGUUUUAUCAACAACAACUGGUGUUGGCACGACUAAUUUUUCAUGUCGAACUGAUUUAGGACUAAGAAUAUUGUAUCGCUGACUAAAAACACUCAAAAUCUUGUCUUUCAUAUUUUAAACAUCUUACAAUACUUACAUUCACCGGCCGUAUUGUGUGUGAAAAAUCAUCCCAAACCAUAUACAUGACUGAUAGUUUAAAUUGUAAGCAAAUGGGUGAAGUUUUGGGAGAUAACGGAGAUGACGUAGUCACUCCAUGGGAAGUGUCAACAAAUUCAAGCAGCGGCGUGGAUUAUGAUAAGCUAAUCGUUCGCUUUGGUUGUUCAAGAAUCGACGAUGGUUUGCUUCAAAGGCUAGCAAACGUUUGUCCAAGCCUCUACAUCACCUACUGAAGCGUCAGAUAUUUUUUUCUCAUAGGGAUUUGGAGCAAAUUAUCUUACGGAUCGAACAAAAAAAGCCAUUCUUUUGUAUACCGGAAGAGGUCCAUCAUCAGAGGCCUUACAUCUUGGACACGUUGUUCCAUUCAUAAUAAAUAAGUUGUUGUAAAUUUUACAGUCGCAUUUUCUAGAUGGUUUCAGGACAUUUUUGACGUCCCUCUUGUAAUCCAGUUAACUGAUGAUGAAAAGUUUCUGUGGAAGAACUUGUCUAUCUCAGAAGUUAAUCAUUUAACUCGUGAAAACGCAAAGGAUAUUAUCGCCAUGGGUUUUGAUCCCAAAAAGACAUUUAUUUUCAGCAAUUUUGAGUACAUGGGAACAUGCCCAGAUUUCUAUCGUACCAUCUGUCAAAUACAACGCUUGGUUACAUAUAAUCAGGCUCGUGCGAUUUUCGGUUUCAAUGACAGUGAUUGUAUCGGAAAAAUAUCUUUCCCGGCCAUCCAAGCAGCUCCUUCGUUUGCUCAAUCGUUUCCAACUGUUUUUGAAAAUCUUAAAAAACCAGAGGAUGUCGGUUGUUUAAUUCCGUGUGCUAUUGAUCAAGAUCCAUACUUUAGAAUGACUCGAGACGUUGCUCCGCGCCUUGGACUACCUAAACCUUCUCUUAUAUACUCAAUAUUCUUCCCCGCUUUACAAGGAAAUCAAACAAAAAUGAGUGCAAGCAAUCCAAACACAUCAGUUUUUCUGACAGACACACCGAAGCAAAUUAAAAAUAAAAUCAAUAAAUACGCUUACUCUGGUGGCGGCGACACAAUUACUGAACAUAGAGAACGUGGAGGAAACUGUGAUAUUGAUGUAUCAUACCAGUAUUUGAGAUUUUUCUUGGAAGACGAUCAAAAACUAGAACAAAUACGUCAGGAUUAUUCCAGUGGCAAACUGUUGACAGGUGAAAUGAAAAAGGAGCUUAUCACACUGUUGACUGAGUUUGUUACAGAGCACCAGAGAAGACGAGCAGCGAUUACUGAUGAAGUUCUCAAGAGAUUUAUGACUCCUCACCCACUGCAUCUUCCAUUUAUUUAGAUGUAUUGAUUUUGAAUAACUACAUAUCGACCUAGGCAAUGUUUGUGAAUAAAUUUAUGGAAAAUAUUUUUUUAUGUUGUAUACUCGUUUUAAUGAUACUUAACUUUCGGAAAUUUUACCGGGUUAUCUGUAGUGAAUACAAAAUUGUGUAUGCAUGUAAAUUUUUAGUCUUUUUUAACCUAUCAGUGGUACGUUACGUCUUGUUAUCAUAAUUAUUAGAAGGAAUCUGUGUAACACCUGUCAUUGCUAUUGCAUCUUUGAAC